GUGUGGAUAGCUAGCUAACUGGGCUUGGUGGUAUAUCAGUCACUCGUGCACUUAGCUAGUUAUGUAGUUAAAGCCAAAGCUCUCAGAUGUGUAUGGCUAACUAGCUAGCUACUGUUAGCUAACUAACCCCUGUCUGGCCUACUGGAGACAGUAGGCUUUUGCCAGAGUAGCGGAUAUACGAGAACGGAGUUCAGCGUUCCUUGGCUAUUGCCAGAGAUGUCACCACCCUUCUCUGUCUGUCUUGUUUAGUAUAAUGAGUGACUGUGCUAUUAGCACCCAACACUAGUUCUCUGUAUUGCGUUUUAAUGGUUGCAAGAGUUUACAGAGUGAAGGGGAGAUGUCUAGUAGUACCCAGCUGAGCAUCCGGCAUUGGACCACCAAGCACGUUGCCAAGUGGCUGAAGGACGAGGGCUUCUGCCACUAUGUAGACCUACUGUGCAACAAGCACCGUCUGGAUGGCAUGUCCUUACUCACCCUAAGUGAAUACGACCUCCGCUCUCCCCCACUGGAACUCAAGGUGCUGGGGGACAUCAAGAGGCUGAUGGUGUCCCUCCGCAAGCUGCAGAAACAAAACCUGGAUAUCCUGGAGGAGCUGGGGGUCCCAUUCGACGGACACUCGCCUCAGGGUGGGGACUGGCACUGCAACGGAGACUCCAGUAGAGAGAGCGAUAACUCUAACACAGACACAGCACCGGUUGGAGAGCAGUAUCUUGAGUAUAGGAAUGGGAAGUACAAGCAUGGAGGGAGCGGGAGGCUGGACCCUGAGUACUGGAAGACGGCGCUUAGUGCCAUCUAUGUGGUGUUUGUGUUCGGAUUUACCUCUUUCGUUAUGGUGAUCGUGCACGAGAGGGUGCCGGACAUGCGCACUUACCCUCCCUUGCCAGACAUUUUCUUAGACAGUGUACCUAGAAUACCAUGGGCCUUUGCCAUGGCAGAGGCAUGUGGAGUCAUCCUGUGUAAUAUCUGGCUGCUAGUUCUGCUGCUGCACAAGCACAGGUCCAUUCUGCUGCGGCGGCUGUGCAGCCUCAUGGGGACAGUGUUUAUGCUGCGCUGCAUCACCAUGUUCGUGACCUCCCUGUCAGUGCCAGGACAGCACCUGCAGUGCUCAGGAAAGGUGUAUGGUGAUAUGUGGGCCAAACUGCAUCGAGCUCUGGCCAUAUGGAGUGGAUUUGGAAUGUCCCUCACAGGGGUCCAUACGUGUGGGGACUACAUGUUCAGUGGUCACACGGUGGUCAUCACCAUGCUCAACUUCUUUGUGACAGAAUACACCCCGCGGGGCUGGAACUUCAUCCACACCUUGUCCUGGGUCCUGAACUUGUUUGGCAUCUUCUUUAUCCUGGCGGCCCAUGAACACUAUUCCAUCGACGUCUUCAUCGCCUUCUACAUCACGACCAGGCUGUUCCUGUACUACCACACGCUGGCUAACACCAGGGCCUACCAGCAGAGUCGCAGGGCCCGCAUUUGGUUCCCCAUGUUCUCCUUCUUCGAAUGCAACGUCAAUGGCCCCGUGCCCAACGAGUACGGGUGGCCCUUCUCUAAACCCACCAUGAUCAGGAGCAUGAUUGGGUACUAGGUGGAGUCCACUGGUCUGCGAUGCAGCCACCACGACGUUGAUCUCUUCCAACACUGUUUACUGUGAGACCCGUUGUGUUUUUUUGCUGCUGCCGCUGCCUUCAAGGAGUUGCCAACUGUGGUUGUGUGAUAUUGACUUUAUAUUCCAAUGUCUGCAGAGACUGCGAACUGAGAUGGCUUGUAGGAUCCUAUCGGUGCCACGGUGCGACAGGGUACGGGAGACUUGACUACUCAUAUUCUGUGACUUAGUGGUUGGCUGGCGUUUGUCCCACGGCAGCCUGUUGAAAGGGAUUAAACUGUGUGGUUAAAAUGACACACUACUCAUUUUAUAAUGCACUACUUUAGACCAGAGCCCUAUGGCCUCUCGUCAAAAAUAAUGCACUACGUAGGGAAUAGGGUGCCGUUUUGGAUACAUGCUAAAGACUAAUUCUCUUCAUUUGAAAAGGGAUUGAGAUUUUUGCAGAUAUUUCCCACACCUUUUGCCAUGAUCAAUAACCAGGUAACAGAUAUGAUGUAAGUGCUUUAGUCAACUCAUCUCUUGUUAUGUCUUACGGUGUAUGGCAUGACAGCGAACUCGACAGACGAGUUGGCUAAAGCACAAACUGACCUGCUACUGCCAGGCUUGCAUUUCCACGCUUAACAGCUCUUAACUUGCAGUCUGAGGGAACGUUGAAGGUAAUAAGCAAGCUAGAGGUUUGGGGAAAAACAUGAAAGCGGAAUUCUCAGGCAGCCUAUUGUAACCAAAUUUUUUUUUUUUUUUAAGUCCAAUAGAAUUUGUUAAUCUAAAAUUCAACAGUAUUAUAUUAAAAAAAUCUUCAUUUAUAUAUCCUGAGAAAUUAGGGUAUAAUAUUAUUGUGGUUUUAUCUGGCUCUAAUACAGGUAUGGCCCACUUCUUUAAAAAAAAUUUUUUUUAAGCAAUUUUCAAAAUGUCAAAGAUGAUACUGUUCCUGAAUUUCUGUAUAACAAUAUCUAAGUUCCAGAUGUUGUGACCGGUCUUGUUACUUGUUUAUCUUUAUUAAUUUGGGUAGUGUGAAAAGCUUCUGCAUUCCUUAAGACACUACUGUGGGUUUUGGCUGUAUUACUAGAAUGCUGAAUUAGUCAUGUUGACAUGAACUACAUGACCAAAAGUAUGUGGACAUCUGCUUGUCGAACAUCUCAUUCCAAAAUCAUGGGUGUUAAUAUGGAGUUGGUCCCUGCCCUCUUGCUGCAAUAACAGCCUCUACUCUUCUGGGAAGGCUUUCCACUAGAUGUUGGAACAUUGCUGCUGGGACUUAAUUCCUUUCAGCCACAAACAUUAGAGGUCGGGCAUUGAUGUUAGGCAAUUAAGCUGGGCUCGCUGUUGGUAUUUCAAUUCAUCCCAAAGCUGUUCGAUGGGGUUGCGGUCAGGUCUCUGUAGGCCAGUCAAGAUCUUCCACACCGAUCUCGACAAACCAUUUCUGUAUGGACGUCGCUUUGUGGACGGGGGCAGUGUCAUGCUGAAACAGGGAAGGGCCUUCCACAAAGUUGGAAGAACAGAAUUGUGUAGAAUGUCAUUGUAUGCUGUAGCGUUAAGAUUUCCCUUCACUGGAA